AUGACAGUGCGGGGUGGGCAGCCGCCCUCUGCCCUGUGUGCGUGGGUGGUACUGCUCCUGUUGGUGGUCUCAGGUGAACCCUACCGGACCCCCUACAACCAGGAACAAGACCAGAACAGAGACAGGGACAGUGAGACAACAGACCCCAGGACAGACCCUAGGAUAGACCCUAGGACAAACACCAGGGUCUACCACAGAGAUGUCAGUGAGGUGAGGGGUAAAGACUGUCGGCGGUGUUGUGACCCUGGAGAGCAGCCCCCUCAUUAUUCCAACCCCCACUACCCACAACAGUACCCACAGUACCAAGCGGUGCCACAGAUCAACAUCACCAUCCUCAAAGGUGAGAAGGGGGACAGCGGCCAGCGAGGACCCUACGGUAAAUCCGGUAAGUCUGGCCAGUCCGGCCCCCGAGGGCCCAACGGCAUCAGGGGCACCAAAGGGAGCAUAGGGACCCCGGGUGAACCCUGCAAGGCCCAGUACGCUGCUUUCUCUGUGGGCCGCAAGAAGGCCAUCCACUCCAACGACUACUACCAGACCUUAGUGUUCGACACCGAGCUCGUCAACCUCUACGGCCACUUCAACAUGUUCACCGGCAAGUUCUACUGCUACGUACCAGGGGUCUACUACUUCAGCCUGAACGUGCACACGUGGAACCAGAAGGAGACGUAUGUGCACGUGAUGCAUAACGAGAGGGAGGUGGUGAUCCUGUACGCUCAGCCCAGUGACCGGAGCAUCAUGCAGAGCCAGAGCCUGAUGCUAGAGCUGGAGAGAGAGGACCAGGUGUGGGUCAGGCUGUUCAAAGGGGAGAGAGAGAACGCCAUCUUCAGCGAUGACUUUGAUACCUACGUCACUUUCAAUGGACACCUCAUCAAGCCAAAGAGUGAAGGGUAG